UAAUAAACAAAUCCAAAAUAGGACCACUUGACUUUGGUGUUUUUCGUCUGUGCACCGAAUUUGCUAACAUUAAUAUGUUCGAGCUAAACCAAAAGACUCUUUUUGUAUUAGACCACACUCGCUACUUUAGUAUAUCUAGCGAACAAUACAUCUCAAUGGAUUAUUUAAAAGGAAAACCGGUGAUGGAAGUACAAGCGUGUAGCGGUGUCUCAGUGGGUGGCACACAACUUAGCAAAAGCUUGUGGACCAGCGCUGUUGAGUCCUCGAUAGAGUACUGCCGCAUUGUCUGGGACUUGUUCCCCGGCAAGAAGCAUGUGCGUUUCAUUGUCUCGGAUACUGCAGCCCACAUAGUGAACACCUGGAGUUCGAGUACACAGAAUAUGUCUCAUGUGUUGAAUGCUAUGAUGAUGGUCAGUGUGCCAACGCGCAGCAUACCUCAAUCAUCCGACUAUUCAGUCAUUCAUGGUCUACGAGCUGCAAUCGAAGCUCUUGCUGAGCCCACGGAUGACCAACUGCAGGCGGCUAAGCUUGGGUGCCAGAAAAUACCCAACGAGGGUCGUGUCAUAUGUAUCACCUCGGCACGGGAUAAUACGAGUAUGAAAAGCUUGGAGGACAUUUUCAAUACGGUUUUGUUGCAGCAAAAUGCUCUGUCUGCAGCUCCAUCUAACAAGGGCCUAAUCAUCGAUCAUUGCCAUCUAGUGAUACUAAACAUUGUACCACUUGGAGUAGAAUCGUUAGUGAGUAACCGAACCCUAAUAGGUGUUUCGCCACUGCUGGAUGUGGAAAUACACACAGUCAGUGCUCCAGAUAUUCCAGAUAAGCUGCUACAUUUAAUUAUGGGUCACUACGAUUUAGCUAGCACUACUGUAACGAACAUACCUAUGAAAGAGGAACAAAAUGCAAACUCAAGUGCAAAUUAUGAUGUCGAAAUUUUGCAUGAAAGGUGCGCGCACACUAUGGUCUGCGGACCGGAUUUCACCUUACCUACCAGCAUCAAGCCUGGUACUGCAUACGAGACGGUUACACUAAAAUGGUGUACACCUCGUGGGUGUAGUUCAGCUGAUUUGCAACCGUGCAUAGGACAGUAUAAUGUAACGCCAGUCGAUGUAACGUCCCGACCAAGCUCAUGUCUGAUUAACUUUUUACUCAAUGGUCGCUCUGUGCUGUUAGAGGUGCCUCGAAAGGCGGGCGUCAGAACGACUAGUCAUAUGCUCUCCGCUCGAGGAGGAGAGAUCUUUGUACAUUCACUGUGCAUUGCGCGCUCAGCAGUUGACGAGGCACCUGCCAUCAGCGAUGGACCCGGUGGACGGAUAUCCGAUUAUCGUAUACCUGAAAUGGCGCAGCUGCUGAAAAUAUCACGGAUGGUGCCGCAAAAGGUUAAGCCAAAAGGGAGAACCUCAUCAGGUGAACACCUGUGGCGUCGCUUGCCAAGAUACUUUCCGCGCACCUCCAAUGUCACAGUUUUGUUUAAUUUGCAACGACAGCUGAGCUGGCUCCCCCAUUUUCUUCACUUAUUGGUUAAAGAGGACAUGGAUAAACAGGACGAAGUGCGCUGCCAGCAGCAAAUACAUGAACUAUAUAAAAGUGCCUCACGCGGUGACAUGUUGCUUUUUGGAAACACAAGUAGCAACCGCUCGAAGGCGGGGAAGUCCAAGGAACAAUAUCGUUUAUUUUACAGAGAAUUGGAGCAACUAAUGCUACUUAAUGCUCAUACACAACAUCACAAAAAUCUGCUGGAGAGUCUGCUAAGUUUACGAUCGGCUUAUGGAGAUGCUGGUAGCAAAAUUGAAACAGGAGCUGUUAAUAUGCGUUCAUUUGCCGAAUCGCCGCUGUCUCCCGAACGCUUAGAGCCCAGCAGUAGCUCCAGCCUCUUAAGAGGCAGCAAGAGACGCAUGUCUACCUCAGGACAGCGUUCACUUCUAGAAAUUGUCAGCUCCGCGGAUCGGCAAUCGUGUAAGCGCUUAGAGUUCUCUGGACGCUUGUGCACACCAUUGGCACAAACAGCCCAAUUGUAUUCUGAUAUUGGUAAUAGGGAGAAGGAAAGCUCAAGCUCCUGUAUGAGCACAACUAUUUUAAAAGAGGAAUCGAUACGUAGUUAAAUAGGAAAACUAAUGUUACUUUUAUUAUUUGACAUUUGUAAUUUUUAGUGUCACUUUAUUUUAGAAUCGAUAGAAACAAAUAAA